AUGGACUCGACCUUCCAGGACAGCCCUACCAUCGGGAGAACAGUGCGCUACACGGCCAAUAGCCCGCUCCCAACUCGGCCGAACGCCGCAAGCUCGAGGUCGAGACGGGUACCCGCAAGCCCACUCUCUACGGACUCGUCCUUUCCCGACUCUUCUUCUGCCGCUGUCCCACGCAUCGUGACCACCGCAGCCCCAGAAGACCAUCUUUCACAGCCGUCCGAGAAGACGUACUUCAACAGCGAUUCCUCAGGGAGCACCACGCCCGAGGCGACAAGUCCUGGGUGCGUUGCCGGCGAAGACCCGUUCUCGUCCCCUCUCGCCCUUGUGGCGGACGUGCGUGCGCUGACAGUCUGUGUACUAGACCGGCGCCGUCUCCCCACUCGCUCCGUUUUCCGAAUGAGCCUCCAGAAGACAGCACAGGAUGGCACCGUUGGGUCCACCGAAAUCGCGAACCUGAUUAAGACGGCCGGCAGUCCCGAGGCAGUUAUCCAGUAUUUGCUCAAAGAAAAGCAGUCGCAGUCUCAGCAAAAUGCGCAGCUUUGGAGACUCGUGGACAAACAGAGAGCUAUGAUUCUGGGUCUCAAUAAGGACCUCGAGCGUGCGUUGAAGGAUAAAGAAAAAUACAGAAAGAAGCUCAAGGAGGUGUUAGAGGGGUCCGAAGCACCACUCGCACCCUCAAUAUCGGCACCGAGCGAACAUGCACUGGAUCAGUUCGACCACGAAGAGCAGGAGCGUGAGGCCGAAGUGGCCUCGAAACGGUUGGAAGAGGCGAAGGAGAUCCCGAUCAUGAUGAGCCUCCCGCCCUCCCGUACCGCGCCCCGCGAACCGCCUCGGAUGCCGCCGCCGCACCCCCCCGUUGGGCUACCAGAACGGUCACCAAGGCCCGACGAGGGCGCUUCCAAGUUUCCUCCACCCGCUGCGCCGCCACCACGAAAGCCUCCCCCAGCGCCGCUGCACUUGAAGAAUGCGAAGCCGCAUCCAAAGUCCGCGGCGCCGAAGCCGAAGCCGAAACCUAGGCCGAACGUUGUUCCGGACGAGGACCCGGAGACGGAUACCGACUACGAUCACAUCCUCGAGGUUGACGAAUUGAAACCCGACGACCGCAGAGGGCGGAGAAGGACGCGGGAAGAGGACGAGCGGGAGCGUGAAAUUUUGGCCAGAAAAGAGGCCGAGUUCCGCAGCUUGUCGAAAAAGAGCAAGCAGAGUAGCAGCCGGAAGGCGACGGAAAAGGCAGAGGCGCCUGCGAGCGAGAUGCCCGCUAGCCCCAGACUGGUGCAGACCACCAAGCUCCUCCCACCACGGGAGCCGGCGUCUCUCGCAGGGGUUCUGAACGGCGCGCCCGACUCUCGAGCCAUGCCUUCAGCGUUGCUGAGUCCCGGCCUUCCCUCAAGCCCUAGACCUACGCAGCUGAAGUCCCCAGUCAGCUCCCCGCCGCUUUCCCCGCUGGGCUUUCCCAGUGUACCGCUGUCCCCUCGGCCACCGCGGGCGCCGAUUCCGCUACCACCCAACACACCUCUCUUGACGCCUUCUCCCGCCGGAGAUCCUUUAGUGUUGAAGUCGCCUAAGCCACUCAACAUCAUCAAACAGGAAGACCAAGGAUACGGGACGCCGAGCCCUACCAAGUCCGGCACCGACAGUCCGAUAGAGCGGACCAAGGUUUUCAAGGGAUUUGUCACUGAAGAAUACCCCGACCUUCUGCUCCCCCCUAACGCCCUCCCGUCCAUUGACAUCCGCGUUGCGUCGUCUCGUAUGAAGCCGUCCAGAGCCAGCUUGAUCUCAUUGACGCAGUUAGAGGAGGACCCAGUCUUCACCCUCGCGAUCUAUUCCAGGGCAGAUGGCGGGGAACUUUGGCGAAUCGAGAAGGACUCAGCGUCGCUCGCUAAGCUGGAUCAACGGCUGAAACAGUGCCCUGCUUUCACUGCGAGGACGCCCGACCGGUCGCUUUUUAGUGGUCAUGCACCAGCGAAACUCGAUGCCCGGCGCAUUGCCCUCAACCACUACCUGGACGAGCUCCUGAAUACCCCCCUAGACAAUGCCACGGCGCUCGAGCUUUGCAAGUACCUGUCCACUAGCACGCUGCCCCCCAACGCAGACGAGAUCGGGGGCUCUGCUGGUGAAAACAACCCCGAGUCACAGAGAGUCGGGCCGGGCGGUAGGCCGUUCCGCAACGGCUAUCUCACGAAGCGGGGCAAGAACUUUGGAGGCUGGAAGGCGCGGUACUUUGUACUUGACGGCCCCCUCCUGAGGUAUUAUGAGACUCCCGGAGGGGCGCAUCUCGGCACCAUCAAGCUUCAGAAAGCACAAAUCGGCAAGCAGGCCCAUCACACCAACGACGGCACGCCAGGUCAGGGCGCCCCGGCGGAGGAGGGCGAUAACCAAUAUCGCCAUGCCUUCCUGAUCUUGGAACCCAAGAAGAAGGAUCCCAAUAGCGUGACGAAGCACGUGCUGUGUGCGGAGAGCGACAAAGAGCGCGAUCUGUGGGUUGAAGCCUUGCUUCGCUGGAUCGACUACCGAGAUCCGGAGGACGAGGAACAAGCCAAGAAGGAUCACGCCAACGAACGGAACGGCGAGCGCGGUAAUGGAAAGAAGAAGGUGGCGCAUCCCCAGGGGAAACCGCAACAGCCGCAGCAGGGUGCGGCUGCGGAUGAGAAUCUAAUCGGGGUGAGUUACGAAGCCACCAAGCAAGGCGAUGUCCCGCAUCAAGGGGGUGCAGCGAAGGGGAAACCAUAUGCGCAAGAUCACGAGUCGACACACAGCCUGUCAACAGCUUCUUCUUACACUAUCUCGGCACCUCGCGACCCACAAGUGAUAUCACAUACGGAGUCGUGGGGCAGCAAGCUCGGCAUGGGUCUCACGCCGCCGACGCAGGAGGAGAAGAAGGCCAGGAAGCGCAGCUUUUUCGGUUUCGGCCCAAAGACGAGGACGUCGAGCGACGGCCAAGACUCGCUCUUCGGGAGCGAUGGUGGGAACUCUCAGCCGACGGGUCAGUACCACGGCCCGGUUCGACAGGCCUUUGGUGCUACCCUAGCGGAGGCUGUGCGAUACAAUGCUCCCGUGGACGUCAGGGUUCCGCUGCCCGCCGUUGUCUACCGCUGUAUCCAGUACCUCGACACCAAGAACGCCAUCUUUGAGGAGGGCAUCUUCCGCCUCAGCGGGUCGAACCUUGUCAUCAAGCAACUGAGGGAACGGUUCAAUGUUGAGGGAGACAUCAACCUGCUCACCGACGAGCAGUACUAUGACAUCCACGCCAUCGCGUCGCUGCUCAAGAUGUAUCUCCGCGAGCUGCCGAGCACGAUCCUCACCAAUGACCUGCGCACACAGUUCAUUGCUGUCACGGAGAUGACGAACCAGAAGGAGAAGAUGGCUGCCCUUGGCGAGCUUGUCGAGCGUCUCCCACAGGCGAAUGCGGCGCUCCUGAAGUACCUGAUCUCAUUCCUGAUCAAGAUCAUCGACCACUCGGAUGUGAACAAGAUGACGGUGCGAAAUGUUGGAAUCGUAUUCUCGCCGACGCUCAACAUCCCGGCACCGGUGUUUGCCAUGUUCCUGCAGAACUACGAGGUCAUCUUCGGGAUCGACCCGUCUGAGUACGAGCUACCGAUGACUGAGCCCGAGUACCCGCAAGAACGCCGUCCUUCGCUCCCUGCGUCGUUCCAGGAACGCCGGCCCUCGGACGGGCGGCCAUCCACCUCACACAGCGAUUCCCCCCAUAGGCAACGCCUGAUGGAGUCCCUCGAGGCGCACGGGAACCGGAGCACGCCGACCCCGCCCCCGAUGUCGAUGCAGCAGAUGGCGCAGAUGAACGCGGCUACCCUUCACUCGAGGAGCACACCGACCCCUCCUCCCCAGCGACAGAUGAAUCACGACAUGGGCGGUGGACAUCACCCUUCGAUGAGGCCAGCGUACGAAGGUGGUGGUUUUUCGGCCCCGACGAGCUUCGAUCCCAGCCAGGCACAUUCAGCGCAUAGGGCUAGCCCCGGGUACGACAGACCGUCGUACGAAAACGGGCUGGCGCCAGCGCCCUACGAGCAGCCGUACCGCAGCCGUCGCGAGAGCGCCAUGUUUAUGGGCUCGCUCAGCCAGCAGCCGUCCAAGAGCCGGCUGCGCGAAGAAGCUCAGUUAGAUCCAUUGCUCCGCAAUGCGGCAGCAGGCUCAACGUCGUCACUAGCUGCCGUCACACGGGACAUCGCGUCAAAGUCACAACAACCAUUGAUGCCGUCAUGGCAAUCCCAAACACACCAGCCAUCGCCCCAGGCACACGCCCAUCAACAAAACGCGCGCGCCAUUGCCCAGGGCCGGGGCGGUGAUUCCAUGACCACCGCCUUCUCUCCCCAAACCCCCAACUCCUCCACCACCGCCGCCUUGACCCCCUCAACCUUGGACCGCCACCACUCCACCGCGACACCCCCCACCCAACAAAACCAAAACCAACACUACCCCAGCGGCGGCGGCGGCGGACCCUACGCGCCGCCCGACUACGACCACGACGACCACGACAAUGACAAUGACCACGAUAGCCCCGACGACCCCGACCAUGACCAUGACCAAGACCCCGAUCACCCAUCCGGCACCGCCGGGGGCACAGGAAACAACGACCCCAAGAAACCCCGCGCCUGCGAGUCGUGCCGCGGCCUCAAGGUCCGCUGCGACCCGGACCCGGCCAACCCGGACGGGCCCUGCCGCCGCUGCGCCAAGGGCAAGCGCCCCUGCGUCGUCACCCAGCCGACCCGCAAGCGCCAGAAGAAGACCGAUAGCAGGGUCGCGGAGCUGGAGAAGAAGAUCGAUGCGCUGACGGCGAGUCUGGUGGCGACCAGGGGGGCGGUUGGGGGGGCGCCGGCCUUGGGUGGUGGUGGUGGUGGUGGUGCGGGUGGUGUGAGUGGUGUGGGUGGUGUUGGUGGUGCGGGUGGUGUGAGUGGUGUGGGUGGUGUGGGUGGUGGUGGUGGUGGUGGAGCGGGCGCUGGGGAAAGGGGGAGCUGGGAUCGGGAGGCUGAUGCCAUGAGAUAUGCUAUCCCGCCGUCUGCGGCCGACCUGCUGACGCGUUACAAUGUCAACAUGUGCCCACACCUGCCCGGCGUGGUGCUCCCGCCCGACAUGACGGCAGCCGAGCUGAGAGUGUCGAAGCCGAUCCUGUUUCUGGCUGUCAUGGCUGGGGCGGCGUCCGAGCUGCCCCACCUACAGCGAGUGCUGACGAAGGAGCUGAUGGAAGUUUUUGCCGACAAGAUCAUUAUCCGCGGCAACAAGAGCCUCGAGCUGGUGCAGGCCAUCACGGUGGCCGUCAUUUGGUACUGGCCGCCCGAGAGGUUUGAAGAACUCAAAUUCUACCAGCUCGUCCACGUUGCCGCCGUCAUGGCAAUCGAGAUUGGCCUCGGAAGGAAAAAGGCUGCGAGGGGCGGGUUCAGAAAACACAUCGCGCAUGCCUGGCGCGACCAUCCACUUCGCAAACAAUCUCCGCCCGAUCCGACUACUGUUGAAGCCCGCCGGGCCUGGUUGACGUGCUACUUCAUGGCGGCCAACACUGCCAUGGCGCUGCACCGCCCCAGCCUGAUCCGCUGGACACCCUUCGUUACCGAGUGCAUGGAGGUCUUGGAGACUUCACCCGAAGCAGCGCCGACGGACAAAUACCUAUGCCAUCUCGUGUGGACGCACAAGGUAGCCGAAGAUAUCGGCAUCCAGUUUUCCAUGGAUGAACCCUCGUCAACGCCAAACCUCGCUGAGGCUAGGACCCAACAUGCCCUCAGGGGGUUCGAGCGGGAGCUGGAGAAAUACCGCAAUUCGGUCCCGAAAGAGCUGCAAAAACCAUCCCUCCAGAUGAGUUUCCACGUCAUCAGCCUAUACAUGCACGAAGUAGCCACCCACAACGACGCUGCUGAUGAAUGCAAGCUACACCCCAGCGAUGCGCAUCUUGGUGUGGACGGUACGCUGUCCAUUUCGCAUAUUAACGCCUUGUCGGCUUGCCUCGCAGCCAUCAACGGCAUUUUCGACCUAUUUCUGUCACUUGACGUCCACACUAUCCGCUGUCUGCCAGUGUUCAACUUCGUGCGGGUCGCCUACGCAGUCGUCGUCUUGAUCAAGCUUUAUUUCGCGGCGUCAUCGCCCAAGAGCGACUUGGGGAAAGUCAUAGACAAGGACGAUAUGAAGGUCGAGCAACAUCUCGACCGCCUGCUUGAGCAAUUCCGGGCGACGGCCCAAGGAGACAAGAGCCGGCCAGCGGCUAAGUUCCUCGUUGUGCUCGUCAUGAUUCGGUCUUGGUUCCAUAAACAGAAACUCCACCAGAACAGCGGGCGGAACGCAGAGAGGAAUGCGCCUACAGCAGAAACCCCUCUACCCCCUCACUCACGCCCGAGCGUCGGGGAAAGGGGCAAUCCUACCUCCAUCCCCCAACCACCUCCGCAACAAGACUACCCGCCCACGGCCAGCACAGGGCUACAACUCCUCUCCGAACUCGCAACCAACAAAUCCGCCAGCGGCCCCCGACCAUCCGCCGGCGCCGACUUCUCGCUUGCCGGCUCUACCCCCCUCCCAGGCAACACCCCCACGGGGCCCUGGCUCAGCCGGCCGCAGCAGCUCAUGUACGACCCCACCAAUACCUCUUCGCCCAACUCGGCCCCGUCCGCCACCGACAACACCGGCGCCGGAUCCUUCAUGGUUGGCGUCGCACCCCAGCACACGGCCAUGGGCUCGAACCUGCCCCUCCCCUGGCUGGGCAACGCGUUCGCGGGCGCCGAUCCCGAGUAUGAGUAUGCCACGUUCGGCGACGGGUUCGCCCAGGCUAUGGACUGGACGCUCGGCGGGUUUGGCGAGGGCGGGCUAGGCGGCGCGGUCAGGAAUAUGAUGCAGGACUCGGGGCCCGACCAGACGGCUUGGUUCCCGCCCAUGGGGGAGGGGUUGGAUGCGAUGGAUGGUGGUGGUGGGACGGGUGGUGGGUUUGGGUUUUGA